AUGGAAUUGAAAAUAAAAAAACAAACUAUUGAAUUCGAAGGCGAAAAAAUACGUGUAAUUCUUAUAGAUUUUGGGAUUUCAUUUUAUGUAUGGAUUGGCAAACACCCUAAUAUUGAAUUUUUAUGCGCAACGUUUCCCGUAUUAGACAAUAAAAGUGCAUCCGACAACUUUGCAUCAUCCUCAAUAUUGGGAGAAGAUGAAAUAUGCGCAUCAAUAUCAUCAUAUUUGUGUAAGUAA